AAACAAAAAGAAAAAUCUCAAAAAGUUAGUUGGGGAGGGCAAACCGAAAGAUUAAAGAAAGAAAAGGAAAAGCUCUCGCUGUGGAAGAACAAAAACAUUAAAGAAGCUUUGAUCCUAAGCGAUCUCAUUCGUUUACUUCUCCUUCGACUUCUUCUCCAUCAUCAACCUUUUCUGGUUGGAAGAGAGAUGGAUAAGGUGAAGAGUCUGUUGAAACCCAAGCCAAACCCACAGCAGCAAUUGAGGGAUUGGCAGAGACGACUCAGGCAAGAGUGCCGCAACAUCGAACGCCAAAUUCGAGAUGUGCAGAGAGAGGAGAAAAGUGUACAGAAAGCGAUUAGAGAAGCUGCAAAAAGAAACGACAUGGUCUCAGCGAAGGCACUUGCUAAGGAAAUUGUGAGAUCAAGAAAAGCUGUGAACCGUCUUCAUGAGAAUAAGGCACAACUGAAUUCAAUUGCAAUGCAUCUGGGAGAAAGUGUUGCUAUUGCUCGAACAGUGGGUCAUUUAUCAAAGAGUGCAGAGGUCAUGAAACUUGUCAAUAACCUAAUGAAGGCUCCUGAAGUUGCUUCUACAAUGCAAGAAUUUAGUAAAGAAAUGACCAAGGCAGGGGUGAUUGAAGAGAUUGUGAAUGAUGCUGUUGACACUGCAUUGGAUUCAGAAGAUAUAGAAGAGGAGACAGAAGAAGAAGUUGACAAGGUUUUGACUGAACUUGCUGGUGAGACUGCUGCACAGCUCCCAGAAGCUGUCAGGAGAGAGAGGGUAAAGCAACCUGCACAGGCAGCAAGAGCUGCGCAGGAGGAAGAACCUAUAGCUGAGGGGGUUGAUGAUGAAGAAGAACUUGAAGAGAUAAGGGAAAGGCUCGCCAGAGUGAGGUCAUAACUGGCUAUAUCCACAUUGAGUUUGUAUUUUAUUAACUUAGGUCAAGCUGUUGUUCAGUUGGAAGGCAAUGCCUUCCCCAGUUGUUGGAACAAGUAGGCAAUCCCAGCUUACCAAACUAUUAGAGAAAAUAUUAAAUGUAAAAUCUGUAUGAUAACUUUGUCUAUGUUUAUGCUAUAAUUUAGCUAAAUCUUUUUCCCUUUU